UUUUUUUUUUUUUGAACACCCCCUACCGUCGGGUUUACCCCGUGCUGUUCUUUUCGCCAUUUCCUUCCCUCCCCCCCUUGUCUAUUGACGUUUUUGGCUUCCCCUCCUCUGUCUGUGCUGUCCGACCAGCCUGGUCGUCCCCCCUCCCCCCCCUCCCUCUCUCGACGGUUUCGAAGACGUCGACAAGUUAAACCCGGUUGUCCAUCGUAUAUUCAUUCUUCGCCUUCGUUCUAGACGCUCCAUGUCGUCGUAACAGCAUCGCUCAGUAACACGACGUCCACAACCCUCCCCCCCGUCAGGGCACAAUGGCCGCCGCGGACGAAACGUUGGUGGCCGCCACGGCCAUCCUCAAAGGUCUUGCCCGUGAAGUCCCCGGGGCCGGUUCCUCGUCUCCUCCCUUCGACUUUGUCCCGUCGAUCAACGGCUACGGCCCCAAGACGAUCCGCUUGCCGGGUCUUGCCUCGCCGGCCAAGGCUGCCUUUGAAAACGAACUCGAGGCCUUGAUCCGCCGUGUCCACCAUUUGGAGUUCCAAACUCAGCAAAGAAUCCGCCCCAAUCGCCGCCCGCGGAAGCCGCGCACCGCCACCACCUCCACCAAAGGGUCCACCGAUCGCGACCCGCAAGAGGAGGACGAGCCGGAGGAAGUGGAGGACGAGGAGGAGGAGGAGGAGGAGGAGGAUGAUGAUGAGGAGGACGAUGAUGACGACGAGGCGGCCGGCUCGGGCACCCGCCUAGUGCGUGAAGAAGAUAUCAGCUACCUGCGCAAUCAUGUGCAGAAGCAGGCCGAAGAGAUCAGCUUCCAGAAGGACAUCAUCGCCCAGGUCCGUGAUGAGCUACUGCAGCAGGAGGAACACACCCGUCGCGCAUUGACCAAGGUCGAAAACGAGGACGUCGUCCUGCUCGAACGCGAGCUCCGCAAGCACCAACAGGCCAACGAGGCCUUCCAGAAGGCCCUGCGCGAAAUCGGCGGCAUCAUCACCCAGGUCGCCAACGGUGAUCUCUCCAUGAAGGUCCAGAUCCACCCGCUGGAGAUGGACCCCGAAAUCGCCACCUUCAAGCGCACCAUCAACACCAUGAUGGACCAGCUCCAGGUCUUUGGAAGCGAGGUCUCCCGUGUCGCCCGAGAGGUCGGUACCGAAGGUAUCCUCGGCGGCCAGGCCCAGAUCACCGGCGUGCAUGGCAUCUGGAAGGAGUUGACGGAAAACGUCAACAUCAUGGCCAAGAACCUGACGGAUCAGGUGCGCGAGAUCGCCGCCGUCACCACCGCCGUCGCCCACGGCGACCUGAGCCAGAAGAUUGAGAGUCGCGCCCAGGGUGAGAUCCUUGAACUCCAGCAGACCAUCAAUACCAUGGUGGACCAACUGCGCACCUUUGCUACCGAGGUCACGCGUGUCGCCCGCGAUGUCGGCACCGAAGGUGUUCUGGGCGGGCAGGCACAGAUCGAUGGGGUGCAGGGCAUGUGGAACGAGCUGACGGUCAACGUGAACGCCAUGGCCAACAAUCUAACGACCCAAGUGCGAGACAUUGCCACCGUCACCAAGGGUGUGGCCAAGGGUGACCUGACCCAAAAGGUCCAGGCCACCUGCAAGGGCGAAAUCCUGGAGCUGAAGAACAUCAUCAAUUCCAUGGUGGACCAACUGCGCCAAUUCGCCCAGGAGGUGACCAAGAUCGCCAAGGAGGUCGGCACUGACGGUGUCCUGGGCGGCCAGGCGACCGUCAACGACGUGGAGGGCACGUGGAAGGAUCUGACCGAGAACGUGAACCGCAUGGCCAACAAUCUGACCACGCAGGUGCGAGAGAUCGCCGAUGUCACCACCGCCGUCGCGAAAGGUGACCUGACAAAGAAGGUCACGGCCAAUGUCCAGGGUGAGAUCCUGGACCUCAAGAACACCAUCAAUGGCAUGGUGGACCGACUCAACACCUUCGCCUUUGAAGUGAGCAAGGUCGCCCGUGAAGUCGGCACGGACGGGACAUUGGGUGGACAAGCUAAAGUGGACAAUGUGGAGGGCAAAUGGAAGGACCUCACCGACAACGUCAACACCAUGGCCCAGAAUCUGACGUCUCAGGUCCGAGGGAUCUCCGAUGUCACACAGGCCAUCGCCAGGGGUGAUCUGAGUAAGAAGAUCAACGUGCAUGCCCAGGGGGAGAUCUUGACCUUGAAAGUCACCAUCAACCACAUGGUGGACCGUCUCGCCAAGUUCGCGACGGAGCUCAAGAAGGUCGCCCGUGAUGUCGGGGUCGACGGGAAGAUGGGUGGCCAGGCCAAUGUGGAAGGGAUCGCUGGUACCUGGAAGGAGAUCACCGAGGACGUCAAUACCAUGGCCGAGAACCUGACCUCGCAGGUGCGCGCAUUCGGCGAGAUCACGGACGCUGCCACGGACGGCAACUUCACCAAGCUCAUCACCGUCAACGCCUCGGGCGAGAUGGACGAGCUCAAGCGGAAGAUCAAUAAGAUGGUGUCCAACCUGCGCGACAGUAUCCAACGAAACACCGCCGCCAGGGAAGCGGCCGAACUGGCGAACCGCACCAAAUCCGAGUUCCUCGCCAAUAUGAGUCACGAAAUCAGAACGCCCAUGAACGGUAUCAUCGGAAUGACCCAGCUCACCUUGGACACCGACGACCUGAAGCCGUACACUCGGGAGAUGUUGAAUGUGGUGCACAAUCUCGCCAACAGUUUGCUCACGAUCAUCGACGACAUCCUGGAUAUCUCCAAGAUCGAAGCAAACCGAAUGGUGAUCGAGAGCAUCCCAUUCACCGUGCGGGGCACGAUCUUCAACGCCCUCAAGACGUUAGCCGUCAAGGCCAACGAGAAGUUCCUCAGUUUGACCUACCAGGUCGAUAACACGGUGCCCGACUACGUGAUCGGCGAUCCCUUCCGCCUGCGUCAGAUCAUCCUGAAUCUCGUCGGCAACGCCAUCAAGUUCACGGAACAUGGUGAGGUCAAGCUGACCAUCCGCAAAUCCGAGAGGGAACAAUGCGCCGCUGACGAAUACGCCUUUGAAUUCUCCGUGUCGGACACCGGCAUCGGCAUCAAGGAGGAAAAACUCGACCUGAUCUUCGAUACCUUCCAGCAAGCCGACGGCUCCACCACCCGCCGCUUCGGUGGCACCGGUCUCGGUCUGUCCAUCUCCAAGCGGCUGGUGAACCUCAUGGGUGGCGAUGUAUGGGUCAACUCCGUGUACGGCCAUGGUAGUCAGUUCCAUUUCACAUGUGUCGUCAAGCUGGCGGAUCAGUCGUUGAGCGUCAUCAGCUCGCAGCUUCUGCCGUACAAGAACCACCGCGUGCUCUUCAUCGACAAGGGCCAGAACGGGGUCGAGACGGAGGAGAUCACCAACAUGCUCCAGCAGCUGGAGCUGGAACCCCUGGUCGUUCAUAAUGAAGAUCAGGUCCCCCCGCCAGAGAUUCAAGACCCGUCCGGAAAGGAGUCGGGCCAUGCCUACGAUGUCAUCAUCGUAGACAGCGUGGAGACGGCCCGCAUCCUGCGCACGUACGAUGAAUUCAAAUACAUCCCGAUCGUCCUGCUCUGCCCCGUCGUCUCGGUGAGCCUCAAAUCGGCUCUGGACCUGGGUAUCAGCUCCUACAUGACCACCCCCUGUCAGCCGAUCGACCUCGGCAACGGCAUGCUGCCCGCCCUGGAAGGUCGCUCGACGCCCAUCACGACGGACCAGUCCCGCUCGUUUGACAUCCUGCUGGCCGAGGACAACGACGUGAAUCAGAAACUGGCCGUCAAGAUCCUCGAGAAGCACAACCACAACGUCUCCGUCGUCAACAAUGGCUUGGAAGCCUUCGAGGCCGUCAAGCAGCGUCGGUACGACGUCAUCUUGAUGGACGUCCAGAUGCCCGUCAUGGGCGGGUUCGAGGCCACAGGCAAGAUCCGCGAGUACGAGAAGGAGAACAAUCUCACCCGCACGCCCAUCAUCGCCCUGACGGCCCACGCCAUGUUGGGCGACCGCGAAAAGUGCAUCCAGGCGCAGAUGGACGAGUACCUGUCAAAGCCCCUCAAGCAGAACCAGAUGAUGCAGACGAUUCUCAAAUGCGCCACGCUCGGCGGAUCGCUGCUGGAAAAGAGUAAGGAAUCCCGUCUGGGUAGCAGCGGCGAGAUGCACUCGAUGCAUCUGUCUCCGGAAAGCAAAAGCCAACGGCCCGGCCUGGAGCCGCGCUCUGUCACAGCGUCGGGCUCCGUCUACCGCGGCAGUGUUGCCAGCCCGACAACAGGGGAGGAUGAGGACCUUAUCAUGGAACGAGUAUGAACCAAACACCAAGCGAGAGAGACACGCCUUUAUGAAAAGAAAGAAGAACAUAGAAGCUAAUGAAUAAAACCAAUCAUUAGCAGGCCUUCCUACGCUCAAACAGCACAUGAAAACGGACGAGGCCGGGUUUCAAGUCUUCUCACUUUUAUCAUCCUUUAUCCCUCCCUCCCUC